AUGGCCUCCGCCACCACGAUCUUUCGCCUCUUCGCGUUGUCCGCUGCUUGGGGCCAGGCGACUGCUACCUUCAGUCUCAAUACCUCUGGUCCUAGUUGGGACUAUACAACCAAGGACUUGGCAGACACGACGUCACAGGCUUGCAAGGACGCCUACAGCGCCAGUAUCAACUGCGAUGAAACCCUCCUCAAGAUCGUGGCGUCUAUGGAUCCUGACUUCGACCCGCAAUCUUCGGACUUGCAGGCUAUGUGCACCACGACAUGCAGUGAUUCAUUGUCCCAGUACAUCAAGAAUGUCAAGGCUGCAUGUGGCAAGGAUGGCGAUCUAGCUGGAAUUUCCAGCGGGAACAAGAAUGUUUAUGAGGCUCCGGUGGCCACCGUGGGCGAGGUUUUCCAGUACAAAUACGGCCAAUCUUGUGCCAAGAGCGGGUCUGAUUACUGCUACUUGACCUAUCCCGAAAGCGACGAUUGGGCCAAAACCGACUUCCCAUGCAGCGACGAGUGUGCAGUCAAGUUUUACCAAAACGCACACGAGCAACCUGGCUCAGCAUAUUUCUUUACCUACUUUUCUCUUGGUACCCAAUCACCAUACUGGGAGGAUACCUUUGCCGGUGGUUGGGAAACCGUGGUUCAAUGCGGCGAUGGUGAAAGCGAUGUAAGCUCCGUUAGCACGAGCGCAAGUUCAACAAAGACCGAUAUCGUUGACAUUUCAUCUUUGACCAGCUCAAUUAACACCAAACUGGCUGCUACUACGACCUCAACACCAUCUGCAGCCAUGACAACCGCCACACCGGUUCGGUCUGCCUCUGAGGCUACUUCAACUACGGCCACCAGUGGCGCUUCGAGGCUCAGAGCCUCCUUUUUCUUUUAG